CUUUCUCUAUUUCCGUUCUUAAUUUGGUCAAGAUGAUUAUGUAUAAAGACCAAAAGAUAGAACCAUCAAAAUACGCCAUUAUAAACUGGAUAGGAUUUACUGAUUUCGUGCCUGAAAGAGCAGUGACUUCGAAUUGGUUCUCAACAAAGGUUUUUUUCUGUAUUCGUCUUAUUUUAGCCUUAUAUUCAACCAUUGUUCUCUGGACAGACAUUGGAGUUACAGACAAUGGCAAAUUCUUUCAGUUCUUUACUUCCUUGACCUAUAUCGGUCUUCAUUCAUAUCUUAUUACAUCAUGUGUAAAUCAUUUUCGAUACAUUAGAAACAAAAACAUGGAUUUCAUGUUAAACCAACCUGCUGUUCUGAACUACAUGUAUAUGUACCUUUAUUCAACUGUCAUUACAUUCAAUAUUGUCACACCUGUUGUUUAUUGGUCUUUGCUGUAUGGAAGCAGUACUGCGAAUACCACCGUUACUGUUUGGCUUAAUGUGUCUGUCCAUGCUGUUUCUUUCUUCUUGAUGAUUUUCGAUGUGAUCAUGAACCGCAUGAAGACACCUAUUCGCAUGGUCGUUUUCCCUUUGAUCACUAUCAUUUUAUUUAUGUUCUUGGCAUUCAUUGUUUAUGCUUGUAAUGGCUAUUGGAUCUAUGGCUUUUUAGACUGGAGUCAAGGCGGAAAGGCAGCAUUGUGGUACAUUUUAGUCGGUAUUAUCUGUGUUGUUGGCUAUUUCUUCCAAUGCCUCAUUCAUUGGUUCCGUGACUUUAUUGCUCGUAAAUCAGGCAGAGCAGUAAGCCAAGAAGAAUUGAACGAUACCAGUGAAGUGGAUCAUGCUAAAUUAGAAGCAAGUGAAAUUGCGUAAACUUAUGUAAUUCCCUUACACAAUGCAUCUAUAAUACACUUGCAUUUGUACAACUCCAAAUGCAGCACCUGAAUACACGUAAUUUUCUUUUACAUACAUCUUUUUUCUACUUUUGUCCAUAAAGUAUUUGUCAUCAAAUACACCAAUUUAUUAUUAUUAAUAAUGAAGAUUAUUAUGCCAUG